UAGAAAGGAGAACGUAAUGCAAGCUGCGUCACAGUUCGCUCAUAUUCGACGUUGGCUGCAGCAGAAAUAUACACGAGAAAAACUUGCCAGGAAUUAAACAUCACCAGAGGAGAGAGAGAGAGAUACAAUUAGUCAAUCUGUAAUUUCACUCCUAUUAAGUCUACUAAAAGAAGCAGCUUUCAGCGAAUGUAAGGAGACUGUGUUUGUUGAAACGUCAAAAUAGCCUUAAAUCGCUGUCUCAACGUACGUUCGACUAUCACUCAACGCCAACAUUGAAGUUUGUUUGACAGGUUUGUUCUGCAUCAUAUAUAUUCGUCUAAGUGAUAAUGGGAAAGUGUCUCUCGUGUCUGACCUCUUUAGGGGCGCUUAUUCGUCCAAAUGGAGAGAGUGCUAUUCCUCUUACCCCAUCGCGAAAACCUAAACCUCCAGGUUCAGGAAGUACAGAAUUACCAAAACCACCGACUGAGUUAAAACCUCCAGAAGGUGGUUCUAUUGAAGAUCAAGUCUUGGUUGUUCAAAACGUUGAUUUAUGCGUCUCUGAAAAUGCGAAUAAUCAUUACACUAGUGAGUACAACUUGGUUCAGAAAGAUAAACCAAAACCUGUUCUUCGCCGUGGAUUUCCUUUCAAGGUGAAAAUCGUUUUCAACAGGAUCUACAAUGGUGAAAAAGAUGCAAUUUGCCUUGUCUUCACAGUAAAAGGAGCUCCUAAUCCUACGUACGCUCAAGGCACUAUGAACGUCAUACCGGUAGUUCCCACUGGCGAUGAUGUGCUGCCCUCUGAUGGCUGGCAAGCUAGACUCAUUUUUGUAGAUGAUAAAUCCACUACUCUGGAGGUGUCAUCAAUUCCCAACAGUAAUGUAGGUGAGUGGACAUUAGAUAUUGAUACGAAGUUGAAGGCAGCAAGAGAUGAAGACGCCCAAACCUUACGAUAUUCGGUGAAAGAUCCUUUGUUCCUGAUAUUCAACCCUUGGUGUAAACAGGACACAGUAUACAUGAGUGACCCAGAGUGCAGGAAAGAGUAUGUGUUGAACGAGAGUGGUCUUAUAUGGCGUGGAAGUCAUAACCGACUUAGACCAUGCAUAUGGAACUAUGGACAGUUUCAAGAGAACGUCUUGGAGUGUUGCUGUUACGUGUUGAGUCAUGUGGGAAGACUCAGUAUUGUCGGACGUGCUGAUCCUAUCCGUGUUGUCCGCCAUAUUAGUUCUGUGGUCAACUCUCCCGAUGAUAAUGGUAUUCUCAUGGGCAACUGGUCAGGAGAUUACAGUGGCGGUCAGACUCCCACUUCAUGGGGUGGUAGUAUGGCUAUACUACAACAGUUUUUUAAGACGAAAAAACCUGUCAAAUUUGGACAGUGUUGGGUCUUCUCUGGUGUUUGUACAACAGUUUGUAGAGCACUGGGAAUACCAGCUAGAAGCGUCACUAACUUCUCCUCAGCCCACGAUACCCAUAAUAGUCUCACCAUCGAUUAUUUCUUCGACGAAGAGGGAGAGCCUAUCGAAAGACUAAAUAUUGACUCCAUCUGGAACUUCCACGUGUGGAAUGAAGUUUGGAUGGAACGUCCUGACUUGGAACCUGGUGGAUACGGUGGUUGGCAAGCUAUUGAUGCAACACCUCAAGAAGAAUCAGAUGGAGCAUUCAGGUGCGGCCCUUCCAGUGUGGUGGCUAUCAAACGUGGCGAGGUCCAGAAACCGUACGACACAAGUUUUCUGUUCUCUGAAGUCAACGCUGAUAAAGUUUAUUGGAGGUACCGUGGGCCCAGUCAGCCGUUGAAGCUCAUCAACAAGAAAACUGACAUAAUUGGACAGUUCUUAAGUACGAAGGCAGUGGGACGUUUUGAACGUGACGACGUCACAGAGGAAUAUAAGUACGCAGAAGAAAGUAAAGAGGAGAGAGAGACAAUGAUGAGAGCACUGCGAUCCUGUCGAAACGUAUUUUCUCGUUAUUACCUGAACGACGACUUCGAAGAUGUUCAAUUUGAUUUUGAGCUUCUGGAUGACAUCAUUAUUGGGUCCCCCUUCUCGGUGAAGCUAAAGGCCAAGAACAAGAACAGUAAAAAUAAGGAGCAUAAUUUGAGAGUAAUCCUCAGAGUUGAUACCAUGCUUUAUACUGGUCAGUUGAAGAACUUGGUCAAGAAGGACAAAUUUGAAAUAAAACUCGCCCCCGGUGUAGAGGAAGAGAUGAAGAUGUCAGUCUCUUAUGAUGAAUAUGAUAAGAUGCUUGUUGAACAUUGUGCAUUUAACAUUGCUGCUUUGGCAACUGUUGUAGAGACUAAUUUUGACUACUAUGCCCAAGAUGACUUCAGAGUGCGAAAACCAGACAUUGCGAUAGAGACAGAAGGAGAUUUUGUUCAAGGCCAAGAGUUCACUGUCCAGGCUACACUAAUGAACCCUCUUCCUAAACCUCUUACCAAAGCCAUGUUUAUUCUCGAAGGUCCAGGUAUUAGCCAGCCUGUAAAAUUGACGUUAAAAGGAAAUAUACCACCUGAAAAAGAAGCCAAGGUCAGUUGUAAGUUGACACCAAAAACACCAGGGGAGAAAACCAUUGUGGCUAAGUUCCAAUCCAGAGAGUUGGAAGAUGUGGACGGAUUCAAAAACAUCAAUGUUAGGCCUAAGACAAACUUGACGAACAAGCCAGACAGCAACAACUGAACUGAUUUGGCAGCGUAAUGUUGUUAAGUGUUAAUGAUUAGUAAAGUGGCAUGUUUAAUUCUAACCGUGGCGCGUAUUUGUGCCCAAAAAACGUUGUUUAUGCUUUAAAAACUUUUCAUUGCAACACACCCUUCAGUGUUCGCUCCUUUGUUUACUAUAAUGACCAAUGACAUGCGAUAGCAGCAAUACAGUGACACUAGAGCUUUUUGAAGUUAAAAAGAAAAAAAAUUACAUGUUUUAAUUUGGGUUCUGAAAGUAAAAAUCAAUGCCAGUGUCUAAAUCAAUUUCAUCAAUCGAGAGACUAUAUUAAAAAUUUAAUUAUAUAAAUCAUAAUUAAUACAUUAGUUUCGGUUUUUACGCAUAUCUAUCUUUGAUCACGUUUUCAAGGGGUAUCACUUAAAAAUGAAUUUUAUAAGAAGCUCCGAGAUAAAAAGUGAGAUUUCAACUAGUCUUAGAAUAGACUAGUUUGAUUCCUUUCUAUUUAAACGUUAAGGUAACGAAAACCAAUUUUUUGAAAAACAUAAAUGUUUCAACUUAUGCAGGUUUGAAUACAUGGACGGUGUUUAAGAACUUCCACUUUGAAGUUUUUACCGUAUUCUUUAUGAUGGUAGCGCCCGCCGCCUUUAUGUUUGCUGCUAUCGUAAUCUCCUUUUUUUUUAGCCAUUUAAAAAUAGGCAUGUUAUGCUUUGGAAUGCAUUCUUUAGUAAUGAGUGUGUGUUUGUCUGGUUAUGUAAGCACUUGAUACAAAACAAGGAACCAGAUUAAUUAAAUAUGGGAUGUAUUAUACUGCACAUAUGGUUCCAGUUAAAAAAAAUAUUAAGCGCUUCCAUUAUUAGCGUUUGCGUGUAUUUAUGAACACGAUAAUCAUUAAAAUGAAGUUCAUGUGAAAACAAUUGGGUUUACAGUAUCAAGUGUUUAAAAUUUCUAAUGGAAAAUCAUCAUUACAGAUUCAAAAUGUUAUCGGUGAGCUAACAAAAUUUAUCCCUUUUGGGGUGACAACAGAAAGUUCAAUCUCGGAGGAUUAAAAAAAGAAAGAAAGAAAGCAGAGCCAGAAAAAUCCUUCUGCUCUUAUUUACAUUGACUUACACUGGAAGAUAAUUAUUAUUCUUCUGCUCUUAUUUACAUUGACUUACACUGGAAGAUAAUUAUUAUCCUUCUGCUCUUAUUUACAUUGACUUACACUGGAAGAUAAAUAUUAUCCUUCUGCUCUUAUUUACAUUGACUUACACUGGAAGAUAAUUAUUAUUAUUCUGCUCUUAUUUACAUUGACUUACACUGGAAGAUAAUUAUUAUCCUUCUGCUCUUAUUUACAUUGACUUACACUGGAAGAUAAUUAUUAUCCUUCUGUUCUUAUUUACAUUGACUUACACUGGAAGAUAAUUAUUAUCCUUCUGUUCUUAUUUACAUUGACUUACACUGGAAGAUAAUUAUUAUCCUUCUGCUCUUAUUUACAUUGACUUACACUGGAAGAUAAUUAUUAUCCUUCUGCUCUUACUAACAGUGACUUACACUGGAAGAUAAUUAUUAUCCUUCUGCUCUUAUUUACAUUGACUUACACUGGAAGAUAAUUAUUAUCCUUCUG